AUGUGGUCGAGGCGGCGAAGACUGAAUUUCGUUCGUGGACGACCUCAUUCAGGAAUCACGCGCAUCCUGUCAAACUGCGAUUUUUUGCCUGCUGCCUACAAUGCUUCGCCUCCUACCAGCAUAGACUUACUUGCAAACACGACCAUCACUGCUUCCGUCGACUCGAGGACAGCUACGCUCGUGUCCCUAGCUGGUCGUGUGGACAUCAUUUCCACCAAUUACAAAAAUACACUCCAAGCGGGUGGGCACGUCAGCUCAGUCUUGGAAACGCCGUUCAACUUCACCAGCAAUCCUCAACCGGGAUUGAAAUUCACGGUAGACUUCCCAAUCCCUGUACUGGAGUCAGGACUCAAGAUCAAAAUCGCUCGGAAGUCUUCCUAUAUCGAAUUGAUUUGUUCGGUUGCCGAUGGCGCCGACUGGUCCUCAUUCUGCUCUUUUAUGUACCCCGUCCUUCUCGACGCGGACAUCGUCACAGCUUGGAACAUACCGUAUCUGAAGCUCGACUCGCUGCCAGUUCUGGACUUGAGACAGCAAGAACGCCUCGAUUGGCUUACCACACAUACAUCGAUGAUGUUCAGUGGGAGCGAGAGAUCACUCCGCAGCAAUCCGCAGCUGCAGGCUCCCUUAGGGGAGCGAACACGGGUAGAGUUUAAAGACUCUUUGUUCUCCUUGUUCAUACACUACAGUGGACUGCAAGGCCCACGUGCUAGUGUGUUUGGGAUAACCUGCCCGACAGAUGGUGGCGUGCAUAUCUCGUUCUUUGUGUCCUCACUUCGACUCGAUCUUUCGAACCGCACAGUCGUGCUUGACACGGCAGUGCUGCCACUGCAAGACACCCUGAUACCCCGAAUCGCCUUAUUUCUGGGAUCGUUGACCAAAAACGGUGGCUUUUGUCAGAUCCGUGCCACGGAAGCCGAGAUGCGUGUCUGGAAGCAGGUAUUACCCGGGCUUGUCGAGCGUACCAGGAACUGGUCUCACAACGCUGAGUGCGAGUAUCUGGCCGAGCGACGAGUACAGCUCUCCGUCGAAAAGGGCCAAAAGCUAUUGUGCUCUUGUGGGGACGGUUCAAUACCUUCUGGCUUUGUUACGAGUAUCCCGAACUGGCGCAAAGUAGCCAAAUACACAGUUAGAGCGGCGAUCUCCUCAUGUUUCUCUGCCGCGAUGUUCGAAGGUGGUUCCGACUCUGACGAGCUUGAGAAAGAGGCGCGGGAAAACAAGGCAAAGGCAUGCUUAUCAUGUGGUAGAGACACAGCAGUGAAUGGGUCUGGCCUGCUAAAUUGCGCGCGUUGUCAGCAAGCCAAACACUACUUUCGGGAGUGUCAACGUACCGAUUGGAAAAAGCACAAGGUGAUUUGCAGGGCAAAUUAG